CCUACUCGCUUCACAGCUGCUCACGAAUACCUUUGUCUGUGCACAGUUCAUGGAACCUUGUGCUUAUUUUUUUUCUUUGCACUAACUUUGCAUACUUACUGAUACUGAGCCGGGAGAAACUGUUUAAACUCCAUAUGAUUCUUUAUCAGGUUACUUGUAUUGUAGGAAGGUGUCAUAGUUCCUCCUACGCAGCACAGUGUGCAGUCUGCUUUGCUUUGUUUGCCAUCAUUAAUUGUGAGGUGCACCUGGAUCGCUGUCGUUUUGUGUCAUCUGUUCAUAGGUAUGACAACGUACAAUAGUUAUGUCACACAGUAUCACCUGGUAUCAGAUGUUGGUAUCAGAGCAUUUUUGUUAUUAAUAUGGAAAUGAGUAAAUAAGCACAGAAUGCAUCCUUCCUGUGAGCAGUUACACUGCUGUGUGAAACAUAGUAUUAAACAUUGAUAUUUUCUUUUCUGUUCUUCUAAUAGUAUGGACUGGCAUAGCUAUUUUGCUAUCCGUUUGAUCAAACUUAUAAUAUAGUUAAUGAAAGGGCUCGUGGCAGGAAUACAAAUAAUAUUUUUUGAUCUAUUAUAACUGGGUUUUUAUGUAUGCUUUGCUGGCUUUUCAGUGUUUAUUCAUCGAUACUAAUGAGGAUUUAACAUGUUAUUUGCUUGUUUUUUUCUUUUUUUACAGGCCUGGGCAACAGAGGAUUGUGGGAAUGGCAUCUAUCCCCGCUGUGGUGUGUCUUUGAUCAGUGGAACACUGGAAGAGUGAGUGGAAGACAUGUGUUCCAACUGCAAACAAACCAACAACGAAUGAAACCCAAAAAUUCAUUCUUUGUUUACCUAAACGUGUGGUGUUGCAAAUUUAACAUGUGGAAUCAAGUAACAUUUUGAGUCAGUCUUGGAUUUUGAAGGACUUUUCAUAAAUGUAUCCUUCCAUGGAAAUACUCAGAGAAAAAUCAGGAUGGAGAAUCGAGUCAAAAGAAACUGUUAGAUACUAGGGAGUUUUAGAAUCCGAGGCCAUCUAUUUGCACAGUGCUAUUUUCGAACAGGCCAAAUACAUUAACACGCCACGCUGGGAAUAAAUUUAUCCUCUGCUGUGGAGAAACGGAACAUUAGAAAAGCAGGAUUAGGAGCGUGCUUGAAUGAUGAUGGCAAGAAAGUGGAGGUAUAGUGGGCGGCGACUGUGGAUCUCGGCGCUGCUGUUGCUGCUGGCGGCUUCGUCACUAGCACUGGAGUUUGACGGCCUGCCAGGCCAGUGGGCUCGUUAUGGACGUUGGGAGGCUGGCGCUAUGGGUGAAUUGAGCUUUGCAAUGAAGACCAACGUGAGUGAAUCCGUGCUUCUUUACAUGGACGACGGUGGCAACUGCGACUUCCUGGAACUGCUGAUCAGUGAUGGUCGCCUGCUGCUGCGUUUCGCCCUGCACUGCGGCGAGCCCGCUACGCUCCACAUGGAGACACGUGUCAGCAACCAGCGCUGGCACCGGGUGCAGCUGGUGCGCAAUUACCGCCACACCACGCUGAUGGUGGACGGUGAGGCCAAAGUGGCUGAGGUCAAAUCCAAGCGUAAAGAGAUGGUCGUGGCAAGUGACCUUUUUGUGGGUGGAAUUCCUCCCGAUGUACGCCUUUCCGCUCUUACCUCCAGCACCGUCAAGUACGAGCCUCCAUUCCGGGGCCUGAUCGCCAACCUAAAGCUAGGAGAAACUGCUCCUGUCCUUCUGGACAGCCAGGGAGUGAAGAUUGAUCUGGAGUACCUUUGCACCAAACAGAACCCCUGUAGCAAUGGAGGACACUGCUCCGUCUACCAGAGUGAUAUCCUGUGUGACUGCACCAACACCGGCUACAAGGGAAAGUACUGCACUGAAGGUAAGCCUGGAUAGAAGCAGGAAUACGCAUGAAUAUUCAUUUCCAUUGUACAAUGAAGGCUAACUGUUUGGUCCUCUACAGAUUUAGGAGUUUCUUGAAUCCUUUAUUUUACCAGGAUAGUCCCAUUGAGAUAUAAAAUCUCUUCUUCCAGGGAGUCCUGGCCAAAAUGG